AUGGCUUUGGCUCAUGAAGAUGAUGAUGAUGAAGACAAUUACUUCUCCAAAAACUAUCUGUUUCUGAAAGCAGAAGUUGCAAGCUGGUUUGAUUGCCUAAGAAUUAUACAUUCAAAAGAUUUAGAGAAGAGAGAUUUCUGCAACACUGAGAUUGGAGGGGAAGUCACCGGAUCUCGAUACAGAUGGAUUGUUUUCAUCUCUGUGCUGCUCCAGAAAGCCCUUCUAGAGCAUUGGGCUCGAGCUAUGCCUCAACUAUCCCGCCUUCAAUCGCCACUUGCUCUUCAACAUUUUCACAGGAGAUGGGAUUUGAGGAGACAUUAUUAUGGAAACAAAGCUGCACCAUCCAUCUCAAUAAUGGCUUCUGAAUUGUCGUAUGAAAAUGAGUCAUUUGCUCGAAAUAUUGUCACGCAUCAUUGGCAGAUGGAAUUUAUUGGGUUCUUCAAGUUUUGGAAUGCUAAGAAAAUUAGUUGCCAAGUUAAAUAAAGUAAACUAUUAGUAGUGUUUAAUGCUAAAGGUGAAGUUGAUUACCCACUAAAAAUUGGGCAUUAAAUCCUUGAUGUUUUGUACGUGCAGUAAAUUAUACAAAUGCAUGCUAGUUAAGUGUAUUAGUAAUUAGACUCCAUAUGCAUGAUCUACCGACUUGUAGAUGAAAGAAACACUUUAUCUAUUAAGGUGGUGUUCGGUUUGUAAGAUAAAAUAAUACCAAAAUAUAAUCUAGGAUUGAGUUGUGAGAUUAUUUUAGUUAUAGGGGUUAGUUAUGACUAAUUAUCUCAUGAUUG